UCCCAAUCCACCACCAUCCAAACAAUGCUAAUCCAACCAAACAUUUUCCAUUCCCACCCCCGCAAAAACCCAAACUCAGCGACCCUACCCGGAAAGAGGAAAAUAUUCCUCUCCCCUUAGCUCCGACGCCGCCGGCUUCCUCCGGUCGCGCCGCCGGUCAAACCCGCCAUAGAUCUCGACGAAGCACGCUUACCAGGCGAGCAGGCGUCCUCUUCACUCCGACUGGGUCGGUGUGGAGAGGAAGGCCCACUCGACGCGGCUCCUUUGGUUGGUUGCUUGUUCCAAGGUUAAAUGGCGAACAGAGCAAGGUGGGUGAUGAAGUUUGAAAAGGGGCUUAUUGAUAUACUACAUGAGAACAAUAAUUCACACUAUAGGACUCCAAACGGUUGGAGAAGCGAGGGAUGGAAGAAAAUUGUUAAGGACUUUAAUGAUAGGCACCCAGAUGCAGGGUUUACUAAAGUUCAAAUUCAGGAACAUGAGACUCAGCUGAAGAAAGACUAUAAAUUGAUAAAAUCCAUCCUUCAGCGUGAUGGUGUUUCAUGGGACCAGAAUGCUUCUAUGAUCAGAACAACAGAUGAAAUCUGGGAUGAGAUAAUCGAUGAGUCACCAAAAGCGCGGAAGUACCAAAGUAAGAGUUUUCCAUUGCUUCAGUCGCUGGAGAUGUUGCUUGAAAGGGAUAUUCCUGAAGGGGUUGGCAAUAUUGACGAGGAAGACAACAACACCAGCACACUGCGAAGCAUGUCUAGAAGACUUUCUGCACUGGUUCCUGGAAGCAUCGAUGAGGGUGAGAACAAUAUCAGCGCACUGCAAAGAACUCUGGAGCUAGGAUCACAAGGUCUGGAAGAUGUCGAUCUUCUGCAAAAUCACGAUGAAGAGGCAUUGGAAAGACCACAGCCUGGGGCAGACCCAAAGCCACAACAAAGAGCCGAUGAACCCGCGCAGUCAAGUUCUUGCAUAGAACCACAAAAGGACAAGCGCAAGAAGCGCAAGGCGUCUGACAUCCAACAGAUCAUGGAGGCUUAUCUAGACUUCAGAAUGAAACAGGCUCGCACGAAAGAACAAACCAAAAAGGAUGGCGAGCAGUUCUCGAUUUCAAGGUGUAUCAAGGCUCUCCAAUCUAUGACCGAUGUGUCUGAUCAGGUCAGGGUUCUAGCUGCUGAUGUCUUCAAGGAUUCGGUGAACCGGGAGAUCUUUCUCUCGUAUGAGCCGAGGCUUCGCGCUCUGUGGCUGAAGAGGGAAGUCAACAGGUUACUCUGUUAAUCAGCUGUUGUAGCGCAUCGUGGUGUCUUGUCUCCGGUUAAAUGUGAACUUCCACACCCUGGAGUCCUUGGUACGGAGUAGGUUGUAGCAUACUUUAGGGUGAUAGAAGUAUUUCGUGACUCGCCAUGUGUACUCAUGCAAUCCAUGCUUCAUGCCAAUUAUUUGGUUCUGUGGUUAGUAGCGGUA